AUGCGACAGACUUCGUCAGCUGUAGUGCCAUCUCAAAAUUCGGUUUCAUUAUACACUGACAAUGACAAAGUAAUUAUUCUAACAAGUCAAAAUUUUUCAUUGACAGUUUAUGAAUCUAACACUGCAUGGCUUAUCGAAUUCUAUGCAAGUUGGUGUGGACAUUGCCAAUCUUAUGCCAAUACUUAUCGAGAAGUUGCUAUUGAUACUUGGGGAUGGAAAACAGUCGUUCGUAUUGGUGCAAUAAACUGUUAUGCCGAUGAAAAUAGCGCUUUGUGUGAACAACAUAAAAUUGAAUCUUAUCCAACGCUCCGAUUCAUAGAACCACAAACAACAAUGAAUGCAUCUAAAACUAUAACUAUAACAGCAACUGAUGCCAAAGGUGUAGAAAAAGAACUAAUAAAAAAACUUGUUGAUGUUAACAGAAUAGAGAAGUCUUGGCCUCAGUUUAUACCAGCCAGUCGAGCCUCAUUUGAUGAUCUUUUUAAUCGUGCUCCACCAUCGGUGAAAUUACUAUUACUUAUCAUAGAAAAACGAGAUGAUUUUACUGGUUCACAGAUCAUGCUUGAUUUUUCUAAAUACUAUGAACAAUUAGCAAUAUUUCGAACGACAACUGACAAGAAAUUAUGGUAUAGAUUUCAAAUCAAUAUAACUGAUAUACCAGCUCUAUUUGCUAUUCUUCCAAAUCGAACUAUAGAAAAGAUUAACACUAAACAGGAGAACACGAAUGAAAAUAUUGGUAGUCGAAAUUUAUUUAAUUAUGCUAUUCGUUCAUAUAUUCGUCAACGAAAAUAUAUUGUGAACUUCGAUGAUCGUGAUUUAGAAGAGAUAAUUCUCAGUAGAAAUGCACUAAAAAAUGCAGAAACAAAAUUAAUAUCAUACAAAAAGAAUGCACAAAUAAAUCUUCCAGUAGACAACAUUAUAAUCAAUCAAAAAAUUAGUAUGAUAGAUUUUGAAACAGCUUUAUCUUAUAUGUUUCGUCGUGAAAUACCUCGAAUACAAGAAAUUCGUGGUGAAGCUUAUGAUGCUUUGAUACAUUGGCUGGUCGUUCUUAUUAAAUAUUUUCCCGGUCGUGAACCAGUUAUGAAUUAUCUGAAACAGCUAUUAUCAGCAGUAAAAGAACAAUCAAAUGGUUUAACUGGAAAACAAUUUCGUGAAUUAGCUGAUCUUAAUACAACAUCUAGUUAUUUACCAAAUAAUAAUUUUCAAUAUAAAUAUUGUGCAGGUUCUUCACCAACACAUCGUGGUUAUCCAUGUGGUCUUUGGAUACUUUUUCAUACAUUAACUGUUUCACAAGUUCAAACAGAAUUAGUACAAAUAAAUACUAUUGAAAUUCUUUCAGCUAUAAAAAAAUUUUUAAAAUAUUUUUUUGGUUGUCGACAUUGCAGUGAAAAUUUUAUGAAAGAAACAAAAGAUAUAAAUCAACUUGAUUCAAACAAUAAAUAUGCAGCGGUUAUUUAUCUUUGGGAAAUUCAUAAUCGUGUUAAUAAACGUUUACAUGGUGAUAUUACAGAAGAUCUACAGCAUCCUAAAAUUCAGUUUCCACCGAAAUCUCUUUGUUCAAAUUGUCAUUUAACAAAUAAAAACAGCGACAGUGAUUUUGACGAAUCAACUAUACUGAAAUUUCUUCUACGAUAUUUUUCAAAGGAGAAUAUUGAUCUAUCAUUAGUAGAAAAUUUAGCAAUACUCGAUGAUAAUAAACAAAAUCGAAUACCUCGCAAUGGACAUCAAACUUUAAUAGAUCAAUAUACAAUGAUUGAAAUAACUAAUGAACCAAAAAACAACGUUGGAUUUAUUCGAUCGCUAAUUUCAAUUUUUCAAAGUUUUUCAUUAUUCAAAAAAAAAACGGCAACAACAAAAUAUGACCAAGAGAAAUAUGUCAUAAGAUCUCUACUACCGCAUGAUAAUGAUAUGUUGGAGAAAUUGAGCCGACGAGCUAUACGCUAUACGAAAAGAGCUAUUAUGGGAGCGGCAUUUUUUUUCACGGACGAACAAGAAAUUAACCGAAGAAGUAGUGUCGCUGGAGCAUCCUAUAAUUUAAUCAAUUCUAUAGUUGGAUCUGGUGUCAUUGGUAUGAGUUAUUCUUUUCGACAAUCAGGUUAUUUAGCAGGAAUCUUAUUAUUGGUCAUGGUAGCUAUUUUAACUGACUAUUCAACAACAAUUUUGCUUCGUUCCGGUCAAAUGGCAAAGGCAACAACAUAUCAAGAACUUGUUUAUAAUGUACUCGGAAAGUUUGGUUUCCUAUGGCUUUCAUUAGUACAAUUUCUUUAUCCAUUUAUUUGUCUUAUUUCGUAUAAUAUAAUUAUUGGUGAUACAGUAACAAAAGUUCUUCAUCGUUUAUGGCCAACAAUACCCUAUUUAUUUCAAAAUCGAUACAUCAUUAUUUUUCUUUGUUCUUGUUUUGUUACAUUACCAUUAUCUCUUUAUCGAAACAUAGCUAAAUUAUCUCAAGUAUCACUUACAGGUCUUAUUCUAGUUUUGACAACAGUAUUAAUAUUAAUUAAACGUGGCUAUGAUACAAUGCCAUUUAUAUCAUCAGGAACUCGUGAUAUUCGUGUUUGGAAUUCAAAUAUUGCUGAAAGUAUUGGUGUUAUGGCGUUUGCUUUUAUGUGUCAGCAUAAUUCUUUUCUGAUAUACCAUUCCAUGAAUGAUAAAACUCUUUCACGAUGGCGCAUCGUUACAUCAUUAACGGCCACGAUUGCAUUUGUUUUUGCUGCUGCUUAUGCUCUCACAGGUUACAUUGUUUUUGGUCAACAAACUGAAGGUGAUCUUUUGGAAAAUUAUUGCCAUUGGGAUACACUGAUAAAUAUUGCACGGCUUAUUUAUGCUAUAAAUAUAAUGCUGACAUUUCCGUUGGAAUGUCUUGUUUGUCGUCAAGUAAUCGAAAUUGUGUGUAGUAAAUGGACAAGCUUUAGUUCAGAUCGUAAUCAUUAUAUUAUAACAAUUCUAAUUGUUAUUGCUAGUGUGAUAUUAUCGUUAUCUACUGAUUGUCUUGGUAUUGUUCUUGAACUCAAUGGAUUAUUAGUUGCAUCAUCGCUCGCUUAUAUUUUACCAGCUUUAUGUUAUUUAAAACUUAAACCACGUUCCACUGAAUUUUCAUUUGAUAAUAUUUGUUCAUAUAUUCUACUAAUCAUUGGUAUAUUACUGACAAUAUCUGGCUUUGUUUUACCUUUAAGACAUGCAUUACAGGAAGGUUAUUAUUGUCAACAUGGAAUCGAACCUCGUUAUUGUGCACGUAUGUUUCCAACAGCAAUAAAUCAUACAAAAAUUAAAUUAAGAAUAAAAUCUUCAAGCUAA